UUGUGUACGCGAAAAAAAUUUUCCAACAAAGGCCUUAUUUUUAGCCUUUUCCCUUAAAUUAAUUUUACUUUCAAAUCUUGCAUAUAUACUUAGAAUUCAAAAUAAUAAAUUCCAAGAAUGACCGACGAGGAACACGAAAUAACGUACGACGAUCACGAAUUGAUCGAAGAGCUUGAACAAGAUAUCAGUACAAACCCCACAAACAACAGCGGAAACAACAGCGAUGAACUUAAGCCGAAAAAAAGAGUACAUAAAACUUUAGGGGAAUUGCGCCAACCAAGGCAAAAGUUUUGCCCGAGAUGGCAACUUGAAUUUCCCUGGUUAAGACCAAAUCGUGCAGAUGAAUCAAUCGGGUAUUGUAGUAUUUGUAGAAGGGAGCUAGUAUGUAAAAAGAGCCAUUUGGAAAGACACCAAAGAUCAUUUAAGCAUAUGCGACUACAAGGGUUUGAAAAUGUGUUUACCGUUAAUGAACCGGAAGCGGAUCUAAUUGAGGCACAUACUUCUGGCUACUUGGAUAAUGAUCCCAAUCAAGACUAUCAAGUCGAGGAAAUGUUGGACGAAUUGGAUGAAGAGUACACAACAAUUAAGGUGGAGCCAACGAGAACAUCGUCUUUAAAUAGUCCUGUUAUGGUAAAAGCAAAAUACAAUACCAAGACACCCCCAAAGAAACGUGCUACAGUUAAAACUGAACCUAGACGGUCGUCUCUGUCUCCACAAACAACCUUUGAAAGAUCUCCACAGAAUACAAUCUCUCAUUUUAAAAGCAUGGAAUAUGAUAGAAGAGGGGACUAUUAUUAUUCAACGCCGUCUCCACCGAAGAAAGACAGCUUCGAUUUAUUUUUUGAUUCAAUUAGUGCGACUGUAAAAAAUCUGCCACCCAAAUUAGCGGCAGAAGUUAAAAGUAAAGUCUCGCAAGUUAUUGCCGAAUUUGAACUUCGAGCCAUAUGUGAACAAGAAGCCCAAGAUAAGGCACAACAAUCUAUUGUUACUAUACCCACUCAAGUAGCAAGUGUCAUUACGGUCGAUCCAUCUAUAAAUACUAACCAUAGUGAGCAACAGACCGUUGAUGGCGUUACUCACUAUGUUUAUGCAUAUCAGCCAAAAAUACAAGAUUAGUUUUCUAUGUUUUAAAUUCCUAAUGUUAUGGACAAACAAUAUUAAAAUAAAAUACGUACUAAGUUUUUUGAAAAAAUUUGCAAUAUUUUAAAUCCAUACGCUAGCGAGUAAACCGUUUAUUGUGUCUUAAACGUUGAUUGCCACCAAAUUAAGUCUACGACUAAACAUUACGUGCUCACAUAUAUAUUUAAAAAGUAACUCAAUACGUGUUUGCAUCUUCUACGAGGUAAUAUUCUGUAUAUUAAUAAAGAUACAGUAUUAAAAAGAACCUUGUCAAUUUGUGUAACAGUUAAGAAAUUUCUGGGUAUAGAUCGAUAUCAGGGCUAUCUGCAUGUUUCCCAAAAAUGUGUUUUUGAUGCUAAACUCUUCAGUCAUAGAUAAAAUAUACAUAGAGCGGAAACUAGAAAGACUCAAACAAAAAAAUUACACAAAAAAGUUACACGAGUGCUAUUUUUGUUUUCCCAUAGUUUUUUUUACUAAUACUAUUAUUAAGCAAUUUGCUGUUUACACAUGACAAAUAUUUGACGAAAAAGAUGUAACCAAUAAAUAAAAUAUAUUUGAA